AUGAGUGACCAAAACAUGUCUUCAGUGUCAGCCAUGAGUGAGGAAUAUGUGGGCAUUUGUCGCGACUUUUGUCUCAUUUGUGGCAAAUCUUAUGCAAAAGAGUUCGCAAAUAAAUUGAAUGAAUUAUGUGAAGAGAACUCAGGUCUUGAGCUGAACGGAUCCAACAUCGAUGCCAUUAUACGGCUAUUCACACAACAAUUUGCUCAAUACUUACACCAAGAACUUGAUAUCAACUUUAUAUGUGAUAAUAAUAACCAACACAUCAUCACCUCUUCAGAUACCAAUAGUUUAGACGCGAAUAUCACUGAAACCAAUGAAACCAAUGCCACGAAACACGAGUUGGACUUCAAUGGGACCGCAAUCACCACUAAUGUCACCAAUAGUUGCGAUGCGAUGGCUGCCAAAGAUGGCCACCACUUGCCAUAUGGCUCGCAUUCAGUGAACGUGAGGCCUAAGUCGACGUUCCCCUCGACCACCACAUCGACGGCCGGUCCACACACGGCCCCCACCGCCGAUGACUACAGCGAUCUGUCGGACAACGAGACGGAAACUUCGUCACCGAAAACCCAUUACAGAAAAUUCUUCCGAAGACUCAGUUUCAAGGGAUUGCGAAAAGGCAAAGGCUUCUUCCAUAAGCAACAUUCCGAUGAAGUGGAGCUCUCGAACUCACACACCAGUGCCCACAACUCCCAUACCUCCCAUACCUCCCAGUCCUCCUCAGCCGACACUCAGAGUUCGCGGCGGGAAAAGAAUCGCGAGUCGAAAAUGGAUCACAAAUGGCAUCACUCGAAGACCGGCUCUAAAGGCUCGCCCAACGAGUCGAUCAUUAAGGAGGGGGUCGUCAACUACCUGACUGUCGACAACUCCAACAUCGAUGGCAAACACAAGUGGGAGAAAUGCCGCAUGGCUUUGGUUAAGACCACCGGUGGCUAUAUGUUGGAGUUCUACGCCCCCAACAAACCACUCAAACCUAAGUCCGGCGUCUUCUGCUUCCUCAUCACCGAAGCCCGUGAGACGACUGCCCUCGAGAUGCCCGACCAGGAACACACCUUCGUGCUCAAGGCUGAAAAUAUGAUGGAAUACAUCAUCGAAGCUCACGAUACGGAGGAUAUGCGGCAAUGGCUCUCAUCUAUUAAAUACUGUAUGCGAUUCAGUAGUGACGGAACCACUGACGACAACGAAGUAUCGACGACUUCCCCGUACGAUAACAUCCCUCGUCUUCAGGAGGCAGAUGGCAAUCGUCCGAAUCAGCCCACAGUCAGUGAUAGUGCGGUAUCGGGUCCGGGAGGCGGAACCAACUCAGAUAUCUGCGGCUCAAUGCGAGAGUACCCCUGGUUUCACGGUAUGCUCAGCCGGUCAGACGCCGCACAACUCGUACUGCGAGAAGGCACUCUAUGGCACGGGGUGUUUCUGGUGCGCCAGAGUGAGACCCGAAAGGGUGAAUACGUGUUGACCUUCAAUUUCCAGGGUAGAGCCAAACACUUACGUAUGGCUAUCAUCAAUGAGGGCCAGUGUCGGGUUCAGCACUUGUGGUUUCAAACCAUAUUCGAUAUGUUGGAACACUUCCGCAUACAUCCCAUCCCUCUAGAGUCCGGCGGCACAUCCGAUGUCACUCUCACUGAUUAUGUGGUCUUUUAUGAAAAUUCGUCGACAAGUCGUGGCUCACCCUCUCCUCUACUCAACACUCAGAACACAAGCGAACCCCUGAUUGGCGGCCAACAGACGGCUAAUCACACUCGAGAUCGAGUGCCCAGUAUUCCCGAACUCCAAGAGAUUAUCACAUACGGCGGGUCUGUGCGCAUGAGGUCCACAUCCCUCGAGAAUCUGCAACAAAUGCAAUCACAACAUCUGGCGAGUGUCGGCACCGCCAACGCCAGGGCUGUCGAAAACACCUAUCAUUUCGUCUAAUUAUAGCCAUCACUGCAUCACUCAUUUCAUCGAUUUUUGAUUUGAUUUCCUAUUUGAUUCUCGAAAUUGUGAUCUUUCUUCCAUUUUAUUAUUAUAUUAGCGAUAAUUGCAUUCAAUUUCUGACACAAUACUG